CGUGCAGCUCGACGCGUCAACGACUUUGCGACCGCCGUGCGCGUGUUCGAGGGUGUCAGGGAGAAAGUCGAGAACAACCAGCAGUACCAAUCAUAUCUGGAUGAGCUCAAGGGUGUCCGUGAGGAGCUUGGUACGUGCCCCGAAAAGCAGAAUCGCUUCUUGGGGCUCAUAUAG